CAGGCUGAUGACCAUAACUCUGUUAGGCAAAUGUAUAUCAAAUUUCACGAGUAUAUAAGCCUACUCUACUUGUUUGUAGCGGAAUUAAAGUGCUUUUAAAUCCAGUUAAUUUUAAUACGCUAAUUAUAAAGUUGCGUGUACAAGUUUACAUCGAGUUACGCAGGAUUUUGUUGAAGUCAAGAUGGCAUCCGGACCACCAACCGAUCCCAACUACGACAAAGUCUGUGUCCUGUGGGAUAUUGAGAAUGAAGCCGUCCCCCGGACACUGAAACUGGACCAGUGCACGAAAAUUCUCACCCGUGGUGUGAUGCGUGAGAACGGCUUUACGCUGAGCAAUAACCAGCGCAUUCGGAUUGUCUGCGGCGGGAAGCAGCAGGAUUGUACUGCCACUGCCUGUCGUUACCAGUAUCUUUCUACAGGAGGAACGAUUGUACAUGCUGGCCCGCCACGAAUCCAGUCCACCCCAGUAGAAGGAGUGGACAUCACGUGCGGUUGGCGAGCGAAUGGACUUGAUGCCACGGCAGACAAUUAUAUCAUCGACCAUUUGAACAAGUACUUCCAGUUGAACCAGAAUGUCACGGUUAUCUUGUUCACCAAUGAUGAUAAGCUGCGUAAGCGAGCCAAGGACCUGGAAAUCCAGAAUGUUUACCGCGGGAACAAAGUUGUACUGCAUCCCAAGGACGUAUGGGAUUUGACCCUUCUGACUGACUAACCUUGCCGGCAUGUUGUUGGCGCAAAUUUCAGCCGAUACACACAUUUGUACACUUUUCUAUGAAUAUUUUAUAAUUUUCUUACCGUUCGUUGAUUGUUGCCGGUAUGGUUUAAUUAAUUUUGCACGAGCGUGUGUGUUGCUGCGACUGUUACUGGUAAAUGGCCGCAAUGAUGCGUGUCCGUGCGCUCUCAAACAGACGUUUGGGAAUCGACCCGCUCCGCAUCACUGCCCAAUAAUGCACAACAAUAACCGUAAACAUCCUCCAAAAGAAUGGCCGCGUAAUGCGCCUGAUUCUUGGUCGGUUGUAUUUAUGUUCACCCUAGUAUAGAUAAUUUACGGUACACAACUGGUUUUUUUUAAAUGACUAAUGAGUAAAAUGAUAAUUGGAUCCGCUUGUUGGGUUUUUCUUCGAAAGCGAAUCAUAUUGUCUGACGGAACAAUUCUUCAGCCGCUGUCUGACUUUCUGUGCGGCGCGCAGCUGUUCGAGUUAUUUCGCUACAAAGAAUGUUUUUAGCCGUAUUCACAUGCCGCAUAUAAUUAUCACAAUAUUUUACUGGAUAAUUCAAUAGCGCUUAAAUAACGGCGUCCCUGCCAUACUAUGGCCAAUAUGGUUGUGAUAAGAUAUUUCUGGAUUUUUAUGAUAAUAAUUUCACAGCUCGUUUUCAUCAGAUGUGAUAUAGCUUCCACUAGAGAUGCCGUGGCUGCUUCUGCAGCAGAGGUUCUAAAUCACCCGGCAAUCAAUCAUCAAUCAACCAAUGACAGCCUGGUAAUGAUUGCAUCAUCACCACAAGAGCGUGAUGGAUUAUUAUCGGAUGUCGUAACACCGCUGUGGAAGAAUCUUGCCGGAUCAAAAUCGCAAGACAUAAAGCUGUCGAUAAUCAGCGAUAAGCCGUGGAUUACAUCGGUUACGCCAGACGGCAAAGCCGUGCGGUUUGUUACGUAUUUGGCUAACAUCAGUUCCUACGAACCGCUUGAUUUGGAAAAUAUUAGACGGCAAUUCCGCGAGGAGGUCGUACGGCAAAAACUCCCGUACGUUUGGGCGGUACCGGAUAACGACAACAACACCAUUCUCUUAUCGGUAACCGGCACCACGACACCGACAUCGCCGUUAGCCGGGAACACCAGCGAAAACGCUAAUAUCUUCCCACUACAAAGCGCCGCUAUCAAUACGACCGGCAACGCCAUUAAAAGUCAACCAGACUCGUACGCAACGACAACCGCUACGACGGGGGCGGCUUCUGUUUCAAGGCGCCGGCGACGAAGAACAACAGCGGCGAAUGGCGGCGCAACGGAGGCGCCCAACCCGUUCAUUAAUUUCACGGUACCGGCGGAUUGGGCGGGCAACGAUAUGCUCAACCAGAUGAAGACCACGUGGCCGGGACUAGCGCUGUUCUCCAAUGAAUCCUUACCGAAUGGAUAUGUUGAGUUUAGUUUCCGCAAUCCCAAUGUUACAUCACCAUCCGUUGACCAGGCGACACUAGUGACAAAUGCGUUAUCGGAAAGUACGACACCAGCGACAUCUUUACAGCAAGUAACAUCCGGACCACUGGCGGUUGGCUCGUCGGAAGCGUCAACAUCACUAACCACUGUUUCAGGCGAACAAGUGACAACGCGUUGGUCCCGCCGGGCACGUCACACGACACUACCAGCGAGCGUGGCGCAAGUUACUGUUGCGCCGCAAAAUACAGGGACAAAUAUCAACUUCUCGGUACCGGCAGAUUGGCCGGGUAACGACGUACUCCACCAACUGAAAUCGGCGUGGCCGGGUGCGGCAUCCUUCUCCAAUGACACCAACGCGGUACCCAACGGCACCGUCCUGUUCAGUUUUGGUGAUCAUAAUGCGACGACUGGUCCCUCGGCGGUUGGUGACCUUUCUGUCCCAACGACGACGCCUGCCGGCAGCUUCUUAACCACCAAGCGAAAGCGCAUUCGGGUCGGGGGGUUCGCGGCGUCGUCCGGGUUCACCGGUCCGCUGGGAUCCGGAGCUAGCGCCAUGGCCGGCGGUUUCCGGACUAAUGAUAACCCGCUGAUUAGUAACUACACCGGGGAUUUCGGGAGCGAUAUCGUUCCGGUCGGCGGCGAAAUGAAUCAAAUAAUGUCCACCUCUGAGGCUCCGCUUGUACCAACCACCCUUGAGGCAGGGCUUCCGUCGGCAUCAACUACAGCUGCUCCAUCGACUACCGGAAGGGGUGCACAAAAAGUGACCACACCGAGACGACCGUCGCCGAUGGAUAAUAAUUCACCGAUUGCGUUUGAAUCCAAUCCGAACCCACUGGUCAGUGAUUACACCGGGGAUUAUCGGAGUGAUAUUGAGCCGGUGACGGUGAGUUCGCAUGAUGCGCUGGGAUCCACGGUGACGUUCGGUCCGCCGGACGAACAAGGCAUGCAAAUUGUGGCCUUUAAUAUUGGGGAUAUUACCAUUGUUAGUGUGGAGAAUACGAAGCAGCGGGACGAAGUGCUCAAUAAACAGCUGAAACCUCUGUGGCAGAAUGCACUUGGUCCUAAUGUUUCUAAUGUGGAGUUAAGUAUCGACAGCGAAACGCCGGUACCCAGCAAGAACGGCACUAAAGCCAGACAGAUCAGUUAUUCCGCCCAGGGCACAUCCGACACGCCGGUUCCGGUUGACCAGGUACGCGACCAGUUCCACCAGGAAGUCGCUAAAGCGAAUUUACCCAACGUUCUGGCCGUACCCGAUUCUUCGGGGAAUCUGCAACUGUUACCGGCCGGAAAGGCAGCCGGAAUUACGGUGCCGCCACCGAGUGCCACCACGCCUUUAAGCGUAACGGAAUCGCUUCGCCCUCCCACUGCUAACAUAAGUGUCGAUGAAACCACGCCGGAAUCAGGAACGUCGAUGCCGGAAGUCACAACCGAAAGUGUAGAAGAAACCACAACGUCGCCGGCAAAUAUCACCGUGAAUGUAACCACAACGAGUCCAAACGGUACACUUAACGAGUCCGUCACAACUAUCGCUCCAAAUGCGACUGUCGAUGAAUCCAGUACUGCUAUUUCGCUGGAUACAAAUACCACCGUAACGCCGGCCGUAACAACUACUCCAAUCAACGAAGAAAAUGUUACGUUGUCCAAUACGACCGGUUCAUUAGAGUCUUCUUCCAAUGAAAGUACAACGGUUUCUUGUGCAAGUUCACCGUUUGCCAUCGAGGAUAUGCUGGUGAUGUCAUCUCGGACGCGCACUGCGCAACAGGAAGUACUUAAUGGUGCCGUGUUGCCGCAGUGGCGGAAGGUAUUCGGUGACACGGCGGAAAAUCUCACUGUGACGUACAUCAAGGACGCGCGUCGUAGCAGCCCUCCCAACGUACGGGAUGUUCAGUACCGCAUUAACGGUGUCGGCAACUGCCGGUUAAACGUCCCGCAAGCCAUGCUGGACUUCCACAACAACAUCGCCAAUGCAUCCAUCCCGGAGAUUGCCGCUGUACCCGAAAGCGACGGCUCACUGAAAUUUUGCCGGUAUCCAACCACACAGAUGCUACGACAUCGACAACCAUGUCGCCAGUUUUGA